AAGAAGAUGUUGUGUUACUGGCUCAGUGGUGUCACUGCACUUGCUUGUGUCGACAUCUAUCUAACGUUAGCUAUGUGUUAUUUAAUGUAAUGACAUUUACACGACCAUACUUUUUACACGCUAUAUCCAGUUGUCUGUUUCCAGACAGAUCUCCAGUCCCUGCGUUUACAGAGCUCCCCCUCCCCUCGGGCCCCCCUUUAACCCCACCCCACCCUAAUGAAGACAGCGCGGGAAGCAGACCAGGAAGAGGAGCCUCCACAGGAGAAUGGGAUUAUCCAGACCACCCAGGACCAGCACAGCUCCAUCUCUCCGCCAUCCUCAACAGUGUCUGGGGCCCCAGACGACGAGCCCUUCUCUACAUACUUUGAGGAGAAGGUGCCAAUCCCAGAGGAUGUCACCCAGAUGUUCAGUUUGCGUAAACUCUGGGCCUUUACGGGACCUGGUUUCUUGAUGAGCAUCGCCUAUCUGGACCCAGGGAACAUCGAGUCUGAUCUACAGUCUGGAGCUAAAGCUGGCUUUAAGCUCCUAUGGGUAUUGUUAGGGGCCACCAUCAUCGGCCUCCUCUUGCAGAGGUUGGCUGCACGCCUGGGGGUUGUCACAGGGAUGCAUCUAGCAGAGGUCUGCAACCGCCAGUACCCUACUGUUCCCCGUAUUAUCCUGUGGCUGAUGGUGGAGCUGGCCAUCAUUGGCUCAGACAUGCAGGAGGUCAUUGGCUGUGCCAUUGCCUUCAACCUCCUCUCUGUUGGCAGGAUUCCACUUUGGGGAGGUGUCCUCAUCACCAUCAUUGACACCUUUGUGUUCCUCUUUCUAGAUAAAUAUGGCCUGAGAAAACUUGAAGCCUUCUUUGGGUUUCUCAUCACAAUCAUGGCUGUAAGCUUUGGGUAUGAGUAUGUGAUGGUACGUCCGGACCAGGGGGAGCUGCUGAAGGGGAUGUUUCUGCCGCACUGUGAGGGCUGUGGUCCUGCCCAGAUGGAGCAGGCUGUGGGCAUCGUAGGAGCUGUCAUCAUGCCCCACAACAUCUACCUGCACUCAGCUCUCGUCAAGUCUCGGUCAAUAGAUCGUGGGAACAAGAAGGAGGUGAAGGAGGCCAACAAAUACUACUUCAUCGAGUCGACUAUCGCUCUCUUCAUCUCCUUCCUCAUCAACGUCUUCGUUGUAGCAGUGUUUGCCGAGGCCUUCUACGAGAAAACCAACAUUGAAGUGAAUGCAAUGUGCAAUGCAUCAGACAGUCCACACACAGACCUCUUCCCCCUGGACAACAGCAGGCUACAGGUGGACAUCUACAAGGGGGGGGUGGUGCUGGGUUGUUUCUUUGGCCCUGUAGCCCUCUACAUCUGGGCCAUCGGGAUCCUUGCUGCCGGACAGAGCUCCACCAUGACUGGCACUUACUCUGGCCAGUUUGUCAUGGAGGGUUUCUUGAAUCUGCGUUGGUCCCGUUUUGCACGGGUUCUUCUCACCCGCUCCAUCGCCAUCUUCCCCACCCUGCUGGUGGCCGUCUUCCAGGACGUGCAGCACCUGACGGGCAUGAACGACUUCCUCAACGUGCUGCAGAGCAUGCAGCUGCCGUUUGCUCUGAUCCCCAUCCUGACCUUCACCAGUCUGACAUCCAUCAUGAAUGACUUCGCUAAUGGACUGGUGUGGAAGAUAGGCGGAGGGGUGGUCAUCCUGGUGGUCUGUGCCAUCAACAUGCACUUUGUGGUGGUCUAUGUGACCAGCCUAAGCAGUGUGGCUCUCUAUGUGCUGGCGGGCUUUCUUUGUAUAGCAUACCUAUGCUUUGUGGGCUACCUGGUGUGGCAUUGUCUGAUAGCCCUGGGGGUCUCCUGUCUGGACGUGUCCUGUCUGGCCAGCAGGAUGCUGACUGGCCACAAUGACAUUUACCUGCUGAAGGACAUGGACAGCGACACAAUGGUGGAGAGAUUAGAAGAAGAACACGUUGGAGGAGUGGUUAUUAACAGUGAUACAGUCCGUAGCUAGAGAGAAUUCACAGGGGUGACCUAACAUGGAGGAUGCAGUGCGCCUCCUGUGCCUUAGUGCCAGCCAGACCUUCGUAAGUGCCCAUCCUCAUCAUCUGACCCUUACAAGAAGCCUUGAACCCCUCACUUGACAUUCCACUAGGCAGGUAGCCUAACUAUGAUUGGCAUUAUAUGAAGGUUAGGGCUAUGAUCAAGUUUACCCCAAUGAGUUGUUGGUUUUUAUCAUGUCGAGCAUGCUUGAUCAACGUGGCACUAUAAAAAUUCUGCAAAUGAGCCGGCUUUUUCACGGGACAGCAUUUUUAUGACUUUGAAAAGCUGUGAUCAUUUUAUAUGGGAAAUACACUGUGUGUAGUGAGUUUGUUACAAAAAAGGCAAUUGCCACCAAUUUAUAUGCAUGUACGUUGUAGAAUUUUUUAAAUUUAUGAACACACAGAGAACUUCAUUUUCAUAAGACUUUAUCAGAGCAAGCACUUAAAGGGCCAAUUCACAGUUGUUACAUCCAUUUUUGAGCGUAUAAAUUAAUGAUAUACACUGAGUACACAAAAUAUUAGGAAGACCUCCCCACAACCCCCUUUGCCCCCAGAACAGACUCAAUUUGUCGGGGCAUGGACAGGAAUGCUGGUACAUGGUGACUCCAAUGCUUCCCACAGUUGGCUUGAUGUCCUUUGGUUUGUGGACCAUUCUUGAUACAUACGGGAAACCGUUGAGCGUAAAAAACCCAGUAACGCUGCAGUUCUUGACAGAAAAUGGUGCGCCUGGCACCUACUACCAUAUCCCGUUCAAAGGCACUUGAAUCUUUUGUCUUGCACAUUCACCAUCUGAAUGGCACAUAUACAAAAUCCAUGUCUCAAUUAUCUCAAGGCUAAAAGUCCUACACUAAUUGAAGUGGAUUUAACAAGUGACAUCAAUAAGAUAUCAUAGCUUUCACCUCGAUUUACCUGCUCAGUCUUUCAUGGAAAGAGCAGGUGUUCUUAAUGUUUUGUAUUCUCAUUGUAUAUCAAUUGUUUCUUGAAGAAUAUUACUUAGAAAUGCCUCAUGACCAUAGUUCAGUCGUACCCCAUCAGAACACAGUACAUCAAAUCUUGGAGGGUCAGUCCUUGCAUCCAUAGCGCAGUCUAUGAAUUUAAGUGGUUACAUUUCUCCAGGCCCAUCCCUCAGCUUUUUAUCAAAACAGAGGCGGGGUGUCUGCUUUGUUAUUGUUUCAAGUGCGGAUUGGCCAUUUAAGAACAAUUUCCUAACCCAGUUGCUCUGGCACUUGCAAUUAUAACUCCCCAGGGCUCCUGAGUGGCGCAGCGGUCUAAGGCACUGCAUCUCAGUGCAAGGGGCGUCACUACAGUCCCUGGUACGAAUCCAGGCUGCAUCACAUCAGGCCGUGAUUGGGAGUCCCAUAGGGCGGCGCACAAUUGGCCCAGCGUCGUCCGUAAUUGUAAAUAAGAAUUUGUUCUUAACUGACUUGCCUAGUUAAAUAAAGGUUACUUUUUUUAAAGUAAAAAAUAACUGGAAUAUCUUGGCCACGUUUUUAUUUAUUAAUUUCAAAAAAGAAGGUAUGCGCCCACUGCCCGGCUUAAACUGGGGCAGGGGUGUUCAAAAUAAUUCUACAUUUUAUUUAUAAAACACAAUUUAUCACACUCAAGGUGCUAAUAGAUAAAUAUUUAAGAUUUUGGGUGUAGUCAUUUAAAAUGUUCUACAAAUGUCCUGCUAUUUUGGUCAUUCCCUCCAAAGCACCCCAGUAAAACUAAAGCUUUGGCUUUACAGUGAAAGGCAUAAAAGCAGCCCACAUGCCCAAAUUAUCCCAUUUCCUUAAAAUUAUUUCUCAGGGAAAAUGUUAAUGUGAUACUAACAAUUGUACUGACCUCUUUCUGUGAAUUCAGUGUUUUUGUUAGUACAAAACUCUACCCAUUGAAAUUCAGUUGAAGUUUAAAUUCAUACCCAAGCCCAAUAUAAUGAAAGAUGCAGGCUUUUUCUGCUUCUUGACGUGGUCUAUGAAGUUAGGUGUCACUGCUAAAUACAGCUCCUGAUGACCAUUGUAGAAUUUACAUAUAUUUAUAGACUGACAUUUUGAGAGUAGAUCUAUCAUAAAUAGGUCUCUGUGUGUGCAUGAUCACACCACUUUAGUGAAGUCAUUACCCUGGAUUGUUUUAAUUAUGAAAUCUCCAUACAGAAGUCAUUCACUUGUAUGGUUUACAUGUUUAGAUAUGACAUUUAUUUUUAAUGUGGAAUUUUAUGUACUGUGAAGCCAGCAUUUGUAUUUGGUCAAUUUAACAAUCGCAUAGAUAUCUUGACUUUAUUUUUUAUAUAUAUCUUUUUUAAAGGAAACUAAAGUAUCAACAGUUUGUGGCUGUUAAGUUUCGCUGGUACCAUACAUUUUUGAUGAAUAAAAUGACAUCAUGCCAAAUAAAAUAAAAAAUAUUUGUACAAAAUAA